AUGGAGGCGCCCAGUCACACCACCUGCUUGGUGACCGACUACCUGUCACCACCGUCCGCCACUAGUGCAGACGCGACAUUUCAACAGUAUGUGGAGCUAAUGUUUCAAUUCGAUGCAGUUUUCGAAACACUGUGCCUAGCGCAAACAAACGAUUCCGUCGAAGCUGGCCGGAUGGUAGAGGCCAACCAAGCCCUGCAGAACUGUGUCAACCUGCAUCACGAUCCGCAAAAUUUCACCAACGCGUUAGAUUUGUUGACCGUGGAAAAUCGGAAAGAUUUCAUCAGUUACAACUGUGACCAAUUUGAGGAGAUAAAAAAGUGCUAUCAUCCCUUCACGCGUCAGCUGGAAAUAUGUUUUACCGAGCGUGAUGUUUCCAUGAUUAAAACGCUAAUCAUGCUAGAGGAAGAGUUUGCGUAUAUAUGUGAACGGGAUGGAGCCAAUGUCGUUAGCGUGCAACGAUCGAAUUAUUCAUACUGCGCCGGAAAUUUGCAAGAGCUUCUGCAGAAUUGUUCCAUGCCGGAUUGGGCUGAGCUGCGUAGUAAAACCAUCGACACUAUGACGGAAAGACACUGCAGCAUUUUUGAAACGCUAGCGACAUGCUUCCAGACCAAUAUUACGAAAUGUGGCGCACCUUUAUUUGCACAACUGUUCAACAUACGAUACCAAGCUAUUGCAAAGAAGAUGUCUUGUAACAAAAACUUGUCUAACUAA